CCGCUGAGUCCCUCCCCACGAUCUUGGCACAGGGAAACAGCAACCUUGAGCAAAAGCUAGGCGAGGAGGGCCAGCCGAUUCAGGUCAUUCUCAAAGCUUUCGCCUCACCCGGCUCUUUCUGUCCAGCGGGUACUCGGGGCCCAUUGCGUCGUGUGCAAAGAAGCUCACCCCACCCCUCCCUUAAGGCUAUUCAUCACUCGCCCUCACUAACGUCCCUCACCAACUCUCCCACAGUUCGAUCCCACCUAGAUCCCCCGCAUCUUCUUCUUCUUCUUCAGUCCUCUGUAGACUACAUCCUCCUCACACACCUCUUCUGGCAGUCUCUUGACCCAGCUGGCUCAGCUGACUGGCUCCCCCCACCCAUCUAGCACCACAUCGCCAUGUCGCACGAAGGCUCCAGUGUAGCCACCCAUACCGGCAGUAACCACCUCGAAGACUCUGGCUCUGAGAGGCACACCCCAGUCGGAAAGACCACUACCGAUGAUGAGAUUCUCGUGUCCAAGAACUCGCCACGAACAGAUGAAAAGUCCCCUUCCCUCACCGACGCCAACUUGGACGAUGUGUCACGAGACCAGGCCAAAUUUCACAAGCUGACAUGGCCACGACUCACGAUUGUCCUCAUCGUUGAAGCCAUUGCCCUCGGAUCGCUGUCGAUGCCAGCUACCUAUGCCACACUCGGUCUUGUCCCAGGUCUGCUCAUCACCAUUGGCAUCGGCUUCAUCGCCAUCUACUCUUCAUUGAACAUCGGCAACACUUGGCUCAAGUUCCCGCAUCUGGAGAAUUACCCUCUCGCUGGUGGUCUUCUCUUCGGCCGCAUCUUCGGUGGUUCGAAGAUGGCCACCUCCAUCGGCUACUGGUUCACGACAGCGUGCUUCCUCCUGCUCUUGUCCUUCACUACGGGUUCUCACGCGCUUACCGGCAAGAUCUUGUUCCAGACGAUCACCGACUCCAAUGUCUGUGCCAUCGUCUUCACGGUAGUCAGCGCCGUCAUCCUCUUCCUCCUGGCUCUUCCCAAGACUUUCAGCGAGAUGGCCAUCCUCGGAUACAUCGAUUUCACCUCGAUCAUGCUUGCCAUUGGUGUGACCAUCAUCGCUGCAGGCAUUACAGGAAGCAAGAAGCCUGGAGGACUGGACGGAAUCGACUGGUACGCAUUCCCGCAGAGCAAUCCGGGCUUCGCCGAGGCAUUCGCAAGCGUCUUGAACAUCGUAUUCGCCUUUGCCUAUGCACAAUGCCAAUUCUCCUUCAUGGCAGAGCUCCGUAGGCCAAAGGACUUCACAAAGUCGAUUUGGGCUCUGGGAUUGUGCGAGAUUGUGAUCUACUCCCUCACCGGAGCCCUCGGCUUCGUCUUCAUUGGUUCCGACGUGCAGUCUCCCGCACUAUUGUCCAACUCAAAAGUUGUGAGCCAGGUAGCGUUCGGACUGGCCAUCCCCGUCGUCUUUAUCAGUGGAUCCAUCAACACGCAGACGGCAGCUCGAUUCAUCUACGACAAGAUGUACCGCGGUACUCCCCACCAAUGGAUCAGCACCAAGAAGGGUACCAUCGUCUGGGUAGCCCUCGUUCUAGGCAUCACCAUCUUUGCCUGGUUCGUAGCCGAGCUCAUCCCCUUCUUCUCAUCACUCCUAGGUCUCAUCUCCUCCCUCUUCAUCUCAUGGUUCACCUUCUGCUUCCCACCACUCUUUUGGAUCUUCCUCCUGCGAGAGGGAGAUUGGAAAAAGGGAAGGAACUUGGUGCUGACGAUUCUCAACGUCGCAGUGUUCCUCAUCGGAAUGAUGAUCCUCGUUGCGGGGACCUACGCAAGUGUAGUCGAUAUCCAAUCGAGCUUCGCAGAGGGAGCAGUGGGAAGCCCAUUCUCUUGUUGAGCGCCAGCGGGAUAAGUAGCGGUAGUGGUCGCAAUACCUGCGCAGGAGACAGAGCCAGUGCGUCGCUCUUGUGGAUGUGGGCCGACUUGCGAUGGACUUCUCCAUGCCUGGCCAGUCAUCCAUAGAAGUCAGGGCGGGACAAAGAAGCCACGCUCGAAGAAGAUAACAGCGAGGCAACGACCUUGCAAGCUCGAAUCCCACUGAAUGUAGAUGCGCCCCCCCUCUCUCUGUCUGUUUGUACCAACUCCCAUCGCCCACUCACUUGCUGCCUCAUCCACUCCGGCGUCAAUCGACCCAAUCGGUCCAUUUGGCACAGCCCCAUGUACUUGUACACUACCAUAGUCUUAGCCCUAGCCCUAGCCCUAGCCCUAGCCCCCCUUUCGUAGUCCGCAGCCAGUCAGUCUCGCAACCUCGAGUCGCAUUCCCUCCAAAAAGCACUUUAGCAUCCCUUUGAAGCUCUC